CUAAUUAAAAUAAAAUUCGUUCAAGUCGUCAGAAUAGUAGAUUGUGCAAUUGGCUAAGGUGUUAAUCAUCAAUCAUAGCUGCAAUUAAUAGUGCAAAUUUGUGUCCAGACAUACUGUCGCCGUCAGAAUGCAGAAUCAGUGCGGCUGCUGCUGUUGAGAAAAUUAUAAAACGACGGCCCUCUCUGGAGGCGCACCAAUACAUUCAGGCACUGAAAUAAUCAGGUGCUUCAGGUGUGUGUGUGUAGGUGGCCUCUUGCUUCGUGACGUCACUAUUGGAACAGGCUUCCUGUUCAUGCUGCGCGUAUAGUCUCGUUCUUGCUGCUCUUAUUCACGUAUACGCGGACGGAACGGAGGAUAUGAGCGUGUGUAUGUGCGCUGUUUGCUGUACCUCCUUCUAUGAAUGAUGAACAGUCGGAUCGGAGAAAAGAAGAGUGUGAAAUUUUUGUCACUUUAGCAGACGCUACCGUCGAAACGGAUUCUAGUUCUUUGCUCAGUGUUUAGUGCGGUCCCGAGGUGUGAAACGAAGUGAAAAUUUGUGAUUUCUUAGCGACGGUAAGCUAUCUCGGGAUAAAACCAGUGCCGGAAAAAGGUGAAAAGUGCUAGUGUGUUCGCAACCAGAAGCCAGUAUCAAGUGACACGGGAACAACCCACGAAACAUUCUACGGGAGGCCAUUUGUCGCAACCUUCAAAAGUAGAACCAACACAUUCACCCGGACGGCAGCAGUCCAGUUUAGCAGAUAGUAUCAACAGUCCUCGCGGAAAUUCCCUGGAAAUUCAAAUUUUUUCUUCAACAUGGACACUGACGAUGUGGAGUCCUCGAGCAGCAGUACGAUGUCCAGCCUGAAUAGUCUGUUUUCGUUCACCAGUCCAGCGGUGAAAAAGUUACUGGGCUGGAAACAAGGCGAUGAGGAAGAAAAAUGGGCCGAAAAAGCCGUCGAUAGUUUGGUAAAGAAACUCAAGAAACGGAAAGGCGCCAUCGAGGAGUUAGAGCGAGCCCUUUCCUGUCCCGGACAACCAUCGAAGUGCGUCACGAUUCCACGAUCUCUGGACGGUCGAUUACAGGUAUCCCACCGCAAAGGACUGCCGCAUGUUAUCUAUUGCCGUGUGUGGCGUUGGCCGGAUCUGCAGAGUCACCAUGAGCUGAAACCGAUCGAAACAUGUCAAUAUCCGUUCAGCGCCAAACAGAAAGAGGUUUGCAUUAAUCCAUACCAUUACAAGAGGGUCGAAAGCCCGGUUCUGCCUCCGGUGCUAGUUCCGCGUCAUUCUGAGUUCGCUCCGGGCCACUCGUUGUUGCCAUUCCACCAGAUGAGCGAACCCAACAUGCCGCACAAUGUCAGCUACACCAAUUCGGGCUUCAAUAACUCACACAUCGGAGGUGGUGGACCCAACUCGCCGAUUUCAUCUCAUAUGGGCCCGAACAGUCCGAUCUCCUCGGUAUCCAGUCCCGGACCGAUAAACUCAAAUCCUCAAAGCCCGUACGGUUCGCUGCCGGAAACGCCUCCCCCUGCGUACAGCCCGCCGGAAGAUGGCAAUAAUGUCACCGGCUCGGACAACAAUCAGAUGGACACAAACCAGAUGCACGGUGAAGUGGCUCCGGUCAGCUAUCAGGAACCACCGUACUGGGCUAGUAUAGCUUAUUAUGAGCUGAACUGCCGAGUCGGCGAAGUAUUUCAUUGCAAUGCGACCUCGAUUAUCGUGGACGGUUUCACAAACCCAUCCAAUAAUUCGGACCGUUUCUGUCUCGGUCAGCUGAGCAACGUAAACAGGAACAGUACAAUCGAGAACACACGUCGUCAUAUCGGAAAGGGCGUUCACCUGUACUACGUCGGUGGCGAAGUGUACGCCGAAUGUCUCUCGGAUUCGGCUAUUUUCGUGCAGAGCCGCAACUGCAAUCACCACCAUGGAUUCCACCCGAGCACGGUGUGCAAAAUUCCGCCCGGUUGUUCGCUGAAAAUUUUCAACAACCAGGAAUUCGCCCAGCUUCUGUCGCACUCGGUUAACCAUGGGUUCGAGGCGGUCUACGAGCUGACCAAGAUGUGCACGAUACGAAUGAGCUUCGUCAAGGGCUGGGGUGCCGAAUAUCAUCGGCAGGAUGUCACCUCGACUCCGUGCUGGAUCGAGAUCCACCUGCAUGGGCCACUGCAGUGGCUGGACAAGGUUCUCAUCCAGAUGGGAUCGCCGCACAAUGCCAUCAGCUCAGUGUCGUAAGGCUGCUGCUGUUGUCGUGCGCGAGGGCGAACAUUUGAGGCCUGGCAUGGAAGAAGAGAACGUGUGAGUGAGCGAUGGUGUGAAUGAGAGUGUGAGCAAAUGUAGAGCAAUUUCAUUUCAUUUUCAAACCCGCUGGCAGCAAGAAACGCUUGGCUUUUGAUGAAACUUUUAGCCUUUCUUACAAAUAAUAUUUUAAAAUUGGAUCAAAAUGAUCUCUGAUUACAAUAUCAUCCGUUGUUUUUACAAAAAUUAAUUAGUUCAUAGCUGAAAUUAACUAAUCACAGUUAAAUUUAAUGAAAUACAAUUUUUUUUAUUAUGUAUAGGUACCUACCUAUAUUUGGGCUUUGAAGUUUUGUGUAAUUUAAAUUUACAAUUGAUUGGGAAUGGUUAAUAGACAGACACGGAUGAAUCCUGCAAGAAGCCGUACACAAAUUUUGUAUUCUGUGGAAAUUUGCUAGAUGAUUCAUACGGAAAAAGUUUCAUCUUUUCUCUUUUUUCAGAUUCUACUAAGACGCUCGAUAAAAGAACUUUACUAAGGUACAUCUGUUGGAUGACUUUGUGGUCAACAAAACUUCAGUCGAAUUCUCCCAACAACAGAAUAACCGAUAAUAAUUGGCGACGAUUGACAUUAGGCAAGCAGGCAUUAAGAGUUGCCAACACUCGACGGCACAAGUUAGUGAAGUGCGUACGACUUUUUCAAAAAUUACUAGAACUCUUCUUGCUUGCCAUGAGAAUAAAUCUGACAUGAAGACCAUUCAAGAAUUAGGUGCAAAACGCCGCUACUGUUUAAACGCAGGUAAGGGUAAUUGUCAUCAUGGAUAAAACUGAUUAUGAUGAACAAAUGAUUCAAAAUAUGAAUAAUGACACAACCAGGCAACAAAGGAAUAGUCCGCUUACUGACAUGCUGAAAAGUUUUUGAGAAUAAAGUCCAUUUCGGUUCUCGUUCUCAUUCCAAAUCCAAUCUCAUUUAAAAUAAAAGGUCUUCAAAAAUUCACAAACCAAGGAAAUGAGGCUUCGGUCGUGGAGAUUUUUAACAAAAACUUGGUAAAAUGGCCAGAGAAAUUUCCUCCUGGUCGCGGUGAAGAUAUUGUCGAAAGAUUAAAAACCGCUUGAAGAUGGAGGAAUACCGAAUGCGUUACAUCAGUAACGGCGUUGUUCCUUGGUGUUCCAGUGAACAAAGCGUAAACACUUGGAAAUGCUAAGUUAGAGCUAAUAUGAAAUUAACAUAAUUUUGCAUAGGUGAAAAUUAUUUGGUUUUUUUUUCGGGUUAGCGUUUGUGUGCAAACCAACGGACCAUCCAUGAGAAACCCGUUCCGCCGUUUCUUUGUAGGUUGUUCAUGGUAGGACUUGAAAUGGGACAAAAAAUUGAACUUGACAUAGCACUUAAAAUUGAACUUAUUAUUCUUCGAAUCAGACUUGGAAAAGGACAUGAAAUUAGGUUCGAAAUCGAAAGUAUUCUUAAAAUUAGACAUUAAAUUGGACAAAAAAGUUAAAUUUUACCUGAAACUAGACUUGAAACUGGACUUAAAUUGGACUGGAAAGUGGUCUUCAAAUUGAACUCAAAAUCUAAGUUGAAAUUGCACCUAAAAUUUUACUUUAAAAAUACUUUCGAUUGUUUGACACUGUCAUCUACGAAAUGCCUAAGAAAUGUUACCUUCAAUAAAAAUUUGAACUCUGACUCCACCAUUUUUGAUGGCAUAGAAUGGAGAUGGGAUAAAUAAAAUUAGUAUAGCGGACAGAAUAAACAGAAUUUCCUCUCAACUUCAUCGUUGAAUUCUGUUUGUUUAUGGGAAAAAUCAUUAAAAAUAUUGUAGAGAGCGUUGAGCCAAAAGCGUUACAUUACGUCAUGUCCAUGUGUAGCAUGGAAUUGCUCUGUAUUGUUGCACCGAUCGAAUGCGAGAUGAACGUUGCGUAGUAAAACAGUUUCAGUUUUAGUAAGUUAGCCGCUAGUGUAAAACAAUAGAAAUUGGCAGAUUACACAUAUAAAUAUUUUUUAAACUUAACUGAUUUCAUCGUGAACAGGAUGGUUCAUGUUUCGAAAAAAAGUGAUUAUUUUUUGGCAAAAAAAGUCUUCGGUCGUAAGAUAUACAUUAUUCGUGAAAUAUAGAUUAUGCAAUAGAACCCUCUUCCGGUUAUUUGAUAGUGUCUUUCUCGUAGUGCAAUUUUCGCAGCAGAAGAAAAAAGGAUUUUAUUAUGUUUUCAUAUAUUUCUUACUUUUAUUAAGCAUUUCGGAUAGAAUCAAAAUAUAUCUAUUUUAAAAAAGGAACUUUUAAAAAGAGCUUAAGUAUAACAUUAAAGUUUUUCAAUUCUGUUUUCUAGCAAGUGCCUAUUUUUGUUUACAUCUUCCGCUCCUUUUUAAGCGUAGUUGAUCAACAUUACCGACUACAUCGAAACGGCACUGUGAAAAAUAGUGCUGCUCGUUUGUUUUAAACUUUUUAAAAAUAUAUGCUGUUGCGACAUUCAUAGAAGUGCUUAUUAAGACCGUAUACGAAACAUGGCAGCGAGACUCAUUUAAAUUAGCAAAUAAUUGCUUGUCUUUCAGUACUUUUUUGCUCUCUAAACGAAAAUGGCAAAAAAUAAGUACUCACAGUCACAAUUUGAAGGCAUUGAAAGCCAUGUGCUCUCGGUGAUUACAUUUAUGCUCUUCUAAAUUUCUCAAUAUUAUUUUUACUGAAAAAACCAUGCUUUAAAUAAACGAUAAAACAACAAAGAAUGUGAUGUUGUUUAUAAGCACUUCUAAAAUGGUGUCGUUUCCGGUCCUGUUUACAAUUCCCCCUAGUAAGAAGCGAACAAAUAUUUACAGUAUAAAUUGUAGAACAAUAAGCAUACAGUGUCCUUAAAUGCACCGGUUAAAAUUUUACAAAAAUUCUGCACUUCAUAAACACACGAACUUUACAUACACACACACAAAUGCCAUUCGGAGGCUCAUCGCAGAGAAAACAACGAGGAGCGUUCUUUUGUAGCUAAAAUAUUCAGCUGCUGCUGCCGCCUAUUUACAUAUUUUUGAAAUAAUGUUAGUCGACGGAAAAAUGUCUUAUACCAUUUCUAAACAAUACUCGAACACAAUUUCAACACGAACUUCAGACAGACGUACACCCAAACACAAGCACACAACAGCAUACAUCAACACAAAACAAUUAGGGCAUAAUAUUUUACUUGCUCGACGGUUCAAACGAGAUAUACUCAAACGGUGUUAUUCCUAGAUAAAACUACGAACAUAAGACAGUGGUCAGACGAAACAAGCUGUUGCAAUUUUUGCCUUAGGGGAGUAUUUUUAGCGUAUUGAACUAUUAGGAACAUCUAUUUAAAAAAAUGUUUUAUUAAAGUUUUUUCUCCAAAACAUCGUGCCUGCAGAACAUUGUUGCCAUAAAACUAACAGUGAAUGAAGAUUUUCUCGCUUGUACCACGCUGCUGAAUAUGCCUUAUCAUUUUAAACAUACUGAACUGGUUUUUUGAAAGUCAACGAAGAUCAACUUUCGCCGAUGUGCGUAGUGCCUGGUAGUUUUACAACGCUUUUUAAAAUAUUGCGAUCUAAUAUACACUAAGUUUUUGCUUUGUUUUACACAAUUUUACUGAUUGCAUAGUGUGAGUGCCGAACAAACUCAAAUAUUCUCUAUCUAGUUAAGAACCAGCAUGUGUUGUGUAUGUUUGACAAACAAAAAAAAGUGAGGCAAAGUGUGUAGCUUGAAAGAUUCUAACAAAAAAUCCACUCUAUUUUGCUCAGUUAGUAAAUAACAAACCGGACACAAACACACAAAGUUUUGAUGCCGAGGGACACGAUAGUUUAGAAGGAAAACUAUUUUUAAACGCUGUAAAACAUUUAAAACUUUAACAUUCAAUCGAUAGAGUGAAUGAUAAUGGAGUUGGAGGAAAAGCUAUCCGCAGAUAUCAAACAUCUCACGCAGAGGCAGUCACGCAAUCGUCGUUGAUCUGUCGGAAAAUAACGCGCGGAACGAACGAAUUGAUACAGAAACAAUACCAGUGCUUAUCAUUCGAAGAGUAAGAAAAUACACUUGAGCCCAUGAAAACUACUACUAGUAAAAAAGUAAACAGUCGUAAUGUUACAAUCCAAAAUUCUCAGAUAGUAGAUUUAUGUAAAAUAAUUACGCGAAAAAAGUUGUAGAACGUGUUUCGGUAGUUCAUACAGAAGGGAGUAAUCCUGCAUAGUAAGUAAUAAGUAAUAAAAGAGACAUUUUACUUAAGGCUACAUAAAUCAAUGACAGAAUGUUCUUGUGGAAAAUAAAAUAUUUAAUCAAAUGAUAAAGCAAACUUACUUAAAUGAUAUAACUGGUAAGAGUAAAACGCAGUUUUAGUUAGCGAGAUGUGAAUUACAUACUAGUUACAAUGCUGGAUGGAUAAUCAAAUCAUAAAUAAAACAAAAUUCUAGCAAAAAAAGAAGUGAGUAAUGAAAACCAAUUGCAAAUGUGUAGAUGAUGAGUGGAGCUCUACAAUCCUCUGGACGCAUUGACAUAAAAAUGAUCACGAACCAGCAACAGGCACAGCAAAGUGAAUGAAAACAUAUUUAAUGAAACAAAAACUAUCUCUAAGUGUGCAGCAGUGAAUGGCAAAAAAAUAAAAAUAAAAUACAUAUUUUCAUGGCAUAUUAUUUUUGAACAACAAAACUGACAACAAAACAGAUUAAAAUAAAUUACACUUGCACACUCACACAGCUAGGAAUAGUAUCAUAAGAUUAGUAAAAUUGAUUAUAAACAAAAAGCAAAAGAGAAAAAAGAGCAUGUUGAAGUGAAAAACAAACGAAGAUAUUACUUCAAAUCACAAACAGAAACACAAAUCCAUCUUGAUCUCAUGUCAUUCUAAUAUCGCUUGACUACACAUCGUUAGUUUUGUUUUCGUUGUAAAGCGGGUGUUACAGCCGGGGUAGUUUUCCCCUGGUAGCACCCUAGCCAGGAGAGGUGAUUCCGUACACGGAUUGCGUAAAAAAGACGAAGCGAUUGCCGCGCAGCUCAUUUCUUCCCGCAUGUAAUUGCGACAAACCUUUGAAAUAUCACACGUUAGAAAAACAAAAAAAAAACGGAAAUACGCAAGACGACAGCAAGAAGUGAAUAAAAAUGAAAAGAGAGAAAUUAACUAAAGUUCUAGUUGGCGCUAUAAGGCAAGCUGAAGAAAAAAAGAAAGAAAAUGAAAACAAACAUAAGUUUAAACAACAAACAACUGUAGCAAGCAGCAAGGAAUCGUGGAACACAAUAUCAUUCAAAAGUAAUUGAAACUGUAAAUCGUAAGCAA